AUGCCUUCAGCUAUCUCGUUGACAUCGUCGAUCAUACCUGAUUUUAGAGAAUUCAGAUCAAAGACACCAUCAUUUUCUUCACUGAAAUCACCUAAAUCCGCCAAGCGAUUCUUCAAUUUCCCUUCAUCAUCGUCAUCGUCUUCUUCUCCAUCCAAUACCCACUCGAACGAAAGCGCACCACCUGUCCCACCGUUACCAGGACAUAAUACCGCAUCAUCGAUUUCAUCGACUACAAGUCUAGCUACUAGUUCUACUAGCACAGCUACUGCAGGCGGAGCAGGAGGCGCAGGAUUUCGCGGUGCUACAGUAGUUAGAACGCCACAAGAAGCUCUACAAGGUAUUAAAUCAUUAACACCACCUAUUUUACCUUUACUUCCAAUCGCAACUGCUCACACUUCUACCUCAUCCAUGUCCUUGUCCUCGUCAGGUUCUGAUUCAAGAAGAAAUCCAACUCAUACACAUUUACAUUCCAACUCACUAGAUAAAAGAAAUGGGAUACAACCAAAUACUGCUGUACCCAUCAUACAUAGAUCUGCUAGCGCAACAGAAGAACUGAGAAGUCCAAUAUUUAAUUCAUAUACAACGACAUCAAAUUCUGGUCCUCCUACACCUGCCACCGCCCCUUGUAGAUCUGGUAUAGUAGGCGUCAAAGGUGUAUUGAAAUCCCCAAGUUACGGUUAUCUAAGAGAAGGUGAUAGUAAUGCCAAUCAAUGGGCAAGAGAAGUUUUAGGUAGUAUUAGAAUCAGUUCAAGUGAUGAUACUAUUAACCACAGUAAUUCAUGUUCAACCACAAACUCAACAACAGAGUCGAAAUUGGGAAUGGAUCUAGGUGAAGGUGAAGAAUUGAGUUCUUACUAUCAAUCUUUCAAUGGACAUGAAGACAAUCAAGAAGAAGAUGAUGAUCAUCGUCGACAGCCAUCAGACAAUAAGCCUUAUCAACCUUCAUUCAUGUCUAUUUCGACAAUUGGUUAUUCAGAAGAUCAAUAUAAGCCUUAUCAGCAUCAUACCACUUCCACUUCCACUUUCGGUCAUAUCGAUAAUGUCAGACCAGUUGACGCUGUCUCCAGGUCAAACUCAAAAUCCAAUGGGAAUCCAAUCAUAAAUCCUGAAAAAGAAAAAGAGAGGUCACAGUUACCAAUUCGAAAGUCAUCGACAUUGCAAAAAGUUGAUCAAGCAGCGAAUACACCCAUUCCUAAUCCUAUUAGACGACCUUGUUUAACACCGACAUUCCCACAAGGUAACGCAGUUCAAGGUACAUAUAAACCACUUGAUUCAAAACCCAAUCAGAAAUGUAUAGAAGAAGAAGAAGAUCGAUCAUUCCUCUUAGCUUUACCUACGAGAGAUUUCACUAGAUCACCUUCCUAUCAUUCAAUGAAUCCACCAAGUCCUUUAUCUAGUACAUCCAAAUAUUCUUUCAGCCAUAACCAUCAUAGUAGAUCACCUUCAACACCCUCUACACCAAGUCCCAAUCCUAUUCCAUCACAUUUACAGACUCACGUGAGAAGUCCUUCUUCACCCGCUGAAUUCUCACCUUCACCUCUAUCGCCUUCACCAAAUGCACCCAUUCGAAAAAUGAUCGAACGACCGUCGCUGUUAUCUCAUCGAUCAACGGUUAGGCCUCUGCCUCCCGCCGCUAGAAUUACGCCAACACAAAGUCAGAGUCAAAACCAAAACCAAACUCCAUUCCACGCGACCCUCUUGGAAGAUAACCUCAAAACGCUACCAGCAGGACAAGAAGAUCUGACUUUAGUGAUAUUAGAAUUCGCUUAUUCGUUAGAUGGAAAUCCGAAUAAUGAGAAAAUCAUUUUACCACUUGAUGUGCUCAAACAAGCUGGCUCAAAUAAUCUGUCAGAAUGGAUUGAAGAUUAUCUAUCCAAAGAAACCAAUUCAAUGAAGAAAGCUUCAACGAUUGGAACAAUACCUGAGAUGACCGAUGGUGAAAGUGCAGAAGACAGUGAUCUGGAAAGUGAUAACGGUUUGAAUGCUUUGUUAAGAGAUGAAUAUUUGAAUUCGUUCCUCAUGCCAGAUCCUCCUUCUACAGCUACAAGCAUAAGUGAAAUUAACGAAACGAGCCUUCAUACCCCUAUUUCACCUGAAAAAUUCAAGAAUUCUUUGUCACGCUUUCCUGUACCGCCACCAGACCUUGCACUUCCACCGACUCCUACAUCCACACCUACUGCCAUUUCUACCCUGAACCCUAAAUCCUCUGAGGAGGACUCAACAGAAGUGCCUGUGCCAAUCGCUGCACCUAUCAUCGUGUCCGAGUACGGAGAGGUAGUAAGUAGGACUUCAAAGAAGAGAGAAUGGAAACGAUCUUUGACUCAUAAUCAACACAACAAAAUCCAAUCUGUCUAUCCUACCCCUUUAUCUUCGCUAGCUACUACCAGUCAAGAAGAAGAAGAGAAUCGACCAUCAAGUGGAGAUCACUUUUCAUGGAUUCCACCUAAGACUCCACCUUUACAGAUUCGCAGACAUACCCGACUUCCCCCGUUACCCGGUAGAAGCGAAGUAGUCCUUGGAACCUUGAGAGAAUUGAGGGUAUUCCUGACUAGAGAAGCUGGAUCUUGGCAUCGUAUAGCUCAUCGAAUGAUUUCAGGUCAAUGGGGAGAAGUGAAAGAUACUCUUAGAACAAGAGUAAUCGAUGAGUUAAAUUGGAAUGGAAUGUCGAUAUACAAAGGAGAAUUAGAAGAUUGCUCACUAAGAUCAAGAUCAGAUUCGAGAACGAGUGAAAACGGUAGAACUAUAAACUUCCCACCUGUGAACACAGCUAUAUCAAAUCUAUUAUCACCCCGACGGGGGGGAGGACGAGGAGGAGGAAGCAUUACACCUUCUCCUCUUACAAGUUUGAUAAGCUCAAAUUCUACCACUACCUCGAAUUUCCACUCAACGUCAGACUCAAAGUCAGACUCCAACUCGACUGUCAAUCUGAAUAUGAACGUGAACGGUAGUAGUUCCAAUGGAUUCAUAGGAUUCACGCCAUUGAGUGAGAAUCAAGGUGGAAAGUUGAAAAGGAUUGGAAGUAGUAGUAGUCUGAACUCGAUGUCCACUUUCAGAUCUGGGAAAGGGAGCAGAGUGAGCGGUGUAUCGAGAGGUGGUCUAGGAUAUAUAUGA